GCCCAACGCUGUUGGUCUUGGAUGGUCCGAGGGAAGCCGUGGUGCCUGGGGCAGCAUGAAAGGGUUCUUUCACGGGCCUCUGGGGCAGUGACGCCGGAGACAGACAGGCAGGCAGCAGUGUCCGACCGUGAAAUGGCUCUGGCAUGGAUGGCGGCCCCUGGCCUCCUGCUCCUCCUGGGGUUGCCUGGGGGGGCCUGGCCCAGCCUGGGGCCGCCCCGACGGCCGUGUGUGCAGUGCUGCCCGCCCGCCUGGCCCCCCGCCGCCCCUGGCCCCUAUGCCCGCAGGAGCGAUGGGGAGCGGUGGGUGCAGCCGCCUCGCAUGCGGCCUACCAUCGACGUGUCGAUUCUCAAAGGUGAGAAGGGCGAGACGGGGGUCAGAGGUCCCUCCGGCAGGAGCGGGCAGGAGGGCCCGCCGGGCUCCCGGGGCCUUCGGGGCCGCAAGGGCCAGAAGGGGCAGGCGGGGCUGCCCGGCACCGCGUGUCGGCGCACCUACGCAGCCUUCUCGGUGGGCCGGCGCGAGGGCCUGCACGGCACCGACGGCCUCCGGGCCGUGCCCUUCGACACGGAGCUGGUGAACCUGGACGGGGCCUUCGACCUGGCCUCGGGCCGCUUCCUGUGUGCCGUGCCCGGCGUCUACUUCCUGAGCCUCAACGUGCACACCUGGAACUACAAGGAGACUUACCUGCACAUCAUGCGCAACCGGGAGGCCACGGCCGUGCUGUACGCGCAGCCCAGCGAGCGCAGCGUCAUGCAGACCCAGAGCCUGCUGCUGCCCCUGGCCGCCGGUGACACCGUCUGGGUGCGCCUGUUCCACCGAGACCGCGACAAUGCCAUCUACGGCGAGCCCGGCGACCUCUACAUCACCUUCAGCGGCCACCUGGUCAAGCCGGCCGCAGAGCUCUAGCGGCCCAGGGAGGGCCCCCCCAAGGCCCAGCCCUCGGCAGCACCCUUUCCCCAGACACCACCCGGCUCCACCCCACCUUCGAAGCUGAGAGGCCACGCCGGCAGUCUUUGAGGCCCGACUGUAUGCAGUGUUUGAGCAUCAGCUGCAUGCAGGCACUGAGCAGAGCGCCAGAGAUGUGGCUGCAGCCAGACAGACUCGGGGCCUAGCCUGGAGGGGAGGGACACGAUCGAGUGUCCACAUCAACGAGUUCGGGAUGAGACCUGCGGUCCGGGUGGCUUGGGGUGGGCCUGGUGGGCCGUGGAGGGGUGGGCGGGGUC